AUGUUCGCCAGAAAUCUGUCUUCAAGCGUGACUCCUCAACAGCGCGAGCACGUAGCAAUUGCUCAAGACUCCAUGUCGCACCUGUUACGAAUCAUGAAUGACUUGCUUGACUACACAAAACUUUCCUCCGGCUCGUUCUCACUCCACUCCGAUGUUGUAGACAUCAAGGAGGUUAUGGAUGCUGUUAUUAGGAACUGCAAAAGCUCCCUGAAAGCAGGGGUAGAACUGACCACUACUGUUCCUCCGGGUUUCCCCAGGCUGCUCCAUGGAGAUCCCCUGCGAGAUCGGCAGGUACUGCAGAAUCUGGUGGACAAUGCAGUCAAGUACACGGAGAGUGGCUAUAUUAAAGUCUUCAUUUUCUGCUACGAGGACGAACAACAACCGGGCCGUUGCACCGUCAGGACGGAGGUCGCGGAUACAGGCAUUGGAGUCCCUGAUAACGCGGUCAAUACCCUGUUUACUCCUUUUACACGUUUCGCUACGUCAGCGACCCGGGCCUAUCCGGGGACCGGACUAGGGUUGUCCAUCUGCAAGAGUUUGGCCAAACUUAUGGAGGGGACGGUAGGGUAUUCUCCGAAUCCAGAAAGCCAAGGUGGCAGUAUCUUCUGGUUCACCGUGAAGAUGGGCUGCAGUCGGUCAGUUGCUCGGUCACCAACCAUAAACAUUGGUUCGCCGGUGCCAGCUAAUCGCAAUACGGAGGACGAGCUGCGGUUGAUUGCUCCUCAGAAACAUAUAUUACUAGUGGAGGACAACCUAAUCAACCACACAGUGAUGCUAAAAUUGCUACGCAGAUUGGGAUUUGAGCGAAUUGAUGGGGCCUGGAAUGGCUCCGAAGCAGUGCGAUUGAUCAAGCAGAAGCCACUAUCCUACGACGUCGUCUUUAUGGACAUCUCCAUGCCUGUUAUGGAUGGCGUGACAGCGACAACGCGUAUUCGCGAGAUGGGUUUGCAAAUGCCAAUUAUUGCUAUCACAGGCAACGUGCUGCAGGGCGACACAGACAAGUAUAUGGCCAGCGGAAUUUGUGAUUGCAUCGCGAAGCCCGUGCAUCACGAUCAGCUACUGAAUGUGCUAUGGAAGUGGAUUGGACUAGCAUGUAGUUAG